AUGAGAAAAUAAGCAGAAUAUGAACUCUAUAAACGUCUUAAGUUACUUGGUGAAGGAGCGUUUGGGAAAGCUUAUUUAGUGGAAUGCCUUUAAGAUAAGUUAAUUAUAUCUUAAUUUCUCAGGUCUUUGUGGGUUUCUAAAUACAUGGAUUUAGCUGCAAUGACUAAUUAAGAAAAAGAUGAAACCUUGAGAGAAGCAAAAAUUCUUGAAUUUCUAUCUCAUCCAAAUAUAGUAAAGUUUAGAGAAGUUUAUAAAACUAAAAAAGGAAGAUUAUGUAUUGUUAUGGAAUAUGCAGAUGGUAAUUUUAUCAUUAAUUCAAAGGUGGUGAUUUAUCUUAAAAAAUAAAGGAAGCUAAAGGUAAAUAUCUUCCUGAAGCUCAAAUUUUAGAUUGGUUUACUCAAAUAUGUUUGGCUAUUAAACAUGUACAUGAUAGGAAGAUAAUUCAUAGAGAUUUAAAAGGAUAAAACAUCUUCUUAAAUAAAGAAGGUCAAGUUAAAUUAGGAGAUUUUGGAAUUGCAAGAAUAUUGAAAAUAACUUUAGAAAAAGCUAAGACUAUGGUUGGAACACCAUAUUAUAUAAGUCCUGAAAUAAUCGAAGGCAAACCUUAUUCAGUUAUGACAGACAUAUGGUCAUUAGGAGUUAUACUUUAUGAAUUAUGUGCUUUAUAACCUCCAUUCAAUGGUGAUUCAUUGCAUGUUCUCGCUAUAAAUAUUGUUAAAGGACAAUACAAACCAAUUCCUGCAAAUUAUUCUAAAGAUUUGAAAUAACUUGUCUAAUAGAUGUUGUAAGUAGAUUAUCGAAGAAGACCUACAAUUUAAGAAAUAUUAAGUAAAGAUCUAUUAAUUAUUCAAAGAAAUGCCAGUCAUUACGAAUAGAAUUAAAAGUUUUUUAAGUGAAACAAUUCAAAAAUAAGAAUUCUCUCAUACUGUAUUUCAUAAUAAGAUGUUUGAAGUAAAAGGAAAUCUAAAUUAAGUUAAUCUGAUAUUGAAUGAAUAACCAUGUCCACCUUAAUUUUUAGAACAAAAUGCUAAAAAUUUAUAAGAAUUUCCAGAAGUUAUUAAAAAACCCUCACUUCAAGAUUGUGAUAUUAUUCGACCUCCUUAAAUAAUGAAAUAAUAAUAAUAACCCUUAUCUCGAUAAUCUGAUCUUUAAAAAGAUGCACCAAAAAUCUAAUAAUAAGAAUACCAAUACAAAAAGCAAGAUAUACAAAAAUAAAUUGAUGUUCCUAAAAAAAUUGAUCCCAUAAUAAAGAAUUCACCUUUAAUAUAAAAAAAAGAUAUCUCGAAAGAUAUUCCUUAAUAGAAAGAAGUCAUAAAGCAAUCACCAAAAUAACAAUAUCCUAUAAGACCAAAAAGUGAUUAAGAAAAAUAAUAAAGAAGUGAGCCAUGCAGAUUCGAUGGUAAAGUGUAAUAGAAACAUUCAAAUAGCGAAUAAGCUUUGAUACCUGAUUAAAAAAAACAAUAAUUCAUUUCUCCAAAAAAUAAAUAAAAAUUAGAUUAGCCAAGGUUAACUUAUUUUAUAUUUGUUUAGACCUCCAACUGCUCCAAAAGAAUAACCAAAAUUAUAAGUUGCUCAAUAAAGACCUUAAAGUUCAAGGCCUUUAGUUUCAGAUUAAAAAAUAGUUUAGAAAGUGAAUAUUGAAUAGAAAAGACGAAUAAGUGUUGAUAAAGCUCCAGUUAUUCAACCAUAACAAUAAAAAUAAUAACAAUUAGAAUAAUAACAAUUAGAAUAAUAACGUCAAGAAGAAAAAAAUAGAUAAUUAAAAUUAAAAUAAUAAUAGGAGUAAUAAGAGUAAGAAAAGAAAUAAAAAGAGUAUUAAAUUUAAUAAUAAUUACUUGAAAAAUAAAGAUAAUUAGAGAAGUAAUAAUAAUUAGAUAAAUAAAAAUAAUAAUAAUAAUAACAAUUAGAAAAAUAAAAAGGAAUAGAAGAAAAAUAAAGAAAUAUUGAAAAUUAAUUAAUAUCUAAAAUGGAUAUUAAUAGGAAUGAUUAAUAAAAAUAAAAUUUGUAAAAAUAACCAUAUUAGAAAUCAUCUCAAAUUGAUAACAAAUAAUUUGAAUCCAAGUAAUAAAUUAAAUCAAAAGCUGAUUAACUAUAAAAGAUUGAAAAGAAUGCCAAAGAUUUUGAUCUUAUGUUUAAAGAAUUGGAAAGUUUGGUAUAAAUUAUUAAUAAAUAAAGAUUAAUAAUGUUCAUAAUGCAAUAGAAAAAUUUCCAAAUUAAGGAGGCAAAGAAAAUUAUUUUGAUUAAAAUUUAAUUUAAACAAUCUUAAUUGAAGAUAGAGAAGAUGAUGAAGCUGAACCAAUAGAUUAAGACUAUAAGAAAAAAAAAUAUAUGGUUAAAUAAAUAUCAAAGUAAGAGGAGUAAUGUUUAGAUAUUUUAAAUAAAUAAGAUUAGAACUUUUUUAGUCUAGGGAUUAAACUUGAAAAUGCUCUUGGAUAAGAAAAAAUGAAUAAAGCAAAAAAUAUUAUAAAAUAGACUGUAAUCUUACUAUUUAUAAAUAUAGUUAGAAAAAAUGAAUUUAGAAAAAAUGGAAUUAUAAUACGGACCUAAUUAUGAACAAUUACUACCUUUUUUAACAUUAGAAGAAAGAAAAAAAUAUACACAACUUUUAUUUACUUAUAUUUUAUGUGAAUGA